GAAUUUUUAUUUUAUUUUAUUUUUUAUUAUUAUUCCCGCCGUGAGCUGAGGCCGUCGCGGAGUCCACCAGGUGUUGGGUGGCCGGUGGUGUGUUUCGGUCUCUCCGGUAAAAAUGAGCCGGGCGCAGCUGCUCAGGAGCGUGCUCUGUGCAGCGAUCUCUCUCCACUGCGCUGCGGCUCCGCCCGCCUCAGGCUGCGAGGGAGACGAGUGCAACAGAGGCCAGCCCUCCUCCCCUUCUUCUCCUUCUUCUUCUCCGGUGGCGAAAUCCCAGCAGCCUUCCCAGGACUUCCUGGGCCAGUUUACCCAGGUGAGCUCACCAAACAGCGGGGAUCGUAAACACCGCGGCGCCAGUGCUGUCCUGCCCUUCAUCGGUCUCACGGGCAGUGCCGAGCAGAGUCGCAGCUGCUGUAAGAAUGGCGGAACGUGUAUCCUGGGCAGCUUCUGCGCCUGUCCUCCAUUCUUCACUGGAAGGAGCUGCGAGUAUGACCAGCGCAUCAGGAGCUGCGGUUUGAUUCCUCAUGGUGAGUGGGUUCAGAAAGGAUGCUCCUACUGCCGCUGUGGUUACGGCAUCCUGCACUGCUUCCCCCACGUCUUCCAUAAAGACUGUGAUGACUCGGAGGAGGUGCGUUGGUAUCGCUCAUCAGCUGUCAGGACAGUUGAGAACAGUUGCUUCCUGUAUGUGACGCUGCUUCUUCCUCUGUUCCUCUUCCUCUAAUGAUUAAAGAAAUAGCUGCUGGACAGAGACACUCAGAUUUUUGUGAAACA